CAUUAAAACAGCAGGAGGGUGUUGUAUUUAUUACUGCAGCUAAAGAUGUCACUGGUCAAAAUGAUAUUACAUUUAAUGCAUACCCUGUGGAUAUGUUCCGCAUUGACAAUAGUAUCGUCAGUACAGUCAGCACACGAUAGUGGGAAGAUGAUGAGAAUGAAGAUUAAGAGGAGUUCCCAUGUGAAAGGCUCCCUUUCUAGCUUUGUAUCUCUUCCGUGUCACUAUUCAAUGCUGGCCACACCUUCACCCUCCAACCAUUCUUUCCAGGAGUUUCCUCGGAUUAAGUGGACAAAAAUUGAGGAAGGAAAAGAUGGAAGGAUCAAGAAAGAAACCUUAAUUCUGGUGGCACAGAACGGUGUGAUAAAAAUUGCUGCUGAUUAUGAUGGUAGAGUUGCAGUGCCCAAGCAUCCUGAGAGUUUGAGUGAUGCAACACUAACCAUUUGCCGACUGCGAGCAAGUGAUACUGGUCUUUACCGCUGUGAGGUAAUGAUUGGCAUUGAAGAUGAGCAAGACACUGUCUCAUUAGAUGUUACUGGUGUUAUAUUCCACUAUCGGGCAGCAGCAAGCAGAUACGCACUGAACUUCGAGAUGGCCAAACAAGUAUGUCAGGACAACAGUGCCACCAUUGCAACCCCAGAACAGCUGCAAGCCUCGUAUGAAGAUGGGUUUGAUCAUUGUGAUGCUGGCUGGCUUUCUGAUCAAAGUGUCAGAUACCCAAUCACCAAACCAAGACCUGGCUGCUAUGCAGAUAAAAGGGGACAACCAGGUGUCAGGACAUAUGGAAUACGAGACCCGAACGAGACAUAUGAUGUCUACUGUUACGUGGGAGACAUAAGUGGGUUUGUGUUCCAUGUGUCAGCACCUGAAAAGUUGACCUUUAUUCAGGCGCAGCUGGAGUGCAAGCGCAGGAACGCACAGUUAGCAACCACCGGACAGUUACAUGCUGCAUGGAAGCAAGGUCUGGAUCGCUGUGACCACGGCUGGCUUGCAGAUGGUAGUGUACGUUAUCCAGUUGUCUAUGCCAGGAGCCAGUGUGGAGGGGGUCUUGUUGGAGUGAGGACCAAGUAUCGAUUUAACAACAGGACUGGAUUUCCAGAUCCGAGCACAAAGUUUGAUGCCUAUUGUUUCCGAGGGAGGUCUUUAAAGAAAACAACACCACAAAUAGCCUUGGGCCCAAAGAAAGUGCAUCAAGCUGCAACUGAUUUGAUUGUUGAGAAGGUAUCACCACCUCCAAUGUUAGUUGUUGAAGAGUAUAAUCAAAGCAUGAGCCUUGAUUCAAAGCCUUUUCAAGAAGGGCAGAUUAGUACUCAUUUAACCCCUGAAGCCAAAUCAGGAGAAGUAGUGACUACUGGAAUUCAUCUAGUCAAAACUGAUAUUGAGAAACCUGGGGAGAAAGUAACCAUACAAAGCCACAGCGUGUUUUCAGGAAUUAAAGAAAGGCCGAGUGAUGAAGUCACUGUAAAAACAACAAUAGAACAAAGUACCAGCACUGAAAUGCUCACACCUGUAAUCAGUGCAAAAAUUCCAGAUGGAGAAAGUGUUACUGGGCAUCCUGAAGACAUUAGCAGGGAGGUAGUAAGAGCGACAACAGCUUUGGCUGCAUCAUUUGAACCAUCAGGCAAACAAGAAUUUCAAGUUACAAGUGAUCCUGCCCAAAAGGGAGAAAAAGUCCAACCUAGCAUACAAACCACAUUGUUAACAGAGAUGGAUAUUGUAACAGCAGAUGACAAUAAGCUGAAACUGCCCACGAGUGCCAGCACUGUGAAAUUAGAAAGUUCAGAUAAAGACACCCAGACCGUUAGACAACAAGAGAUCAAGGAACCUGCCAGUGGCACGACAAUACCAAGAUCACCAGAUAUUGUGAAAACAACAGUAGAGAAUGCAAGUGAGAGUGUUAAACUGGUGGGAGGAGAUGAGCACAAAACAAUGUCAUCCUUUGAAACUUCAUCAAUGCCAACCAUGGGUAAACUGCAGCUAACUGAAAAGGCUCACAUCACUGAAACUUCAGUCACUUUUUCAGAGGCGGAGGGAGAAAAGCUGAAACCCAAAAAGGUAACUAAGAAGAUAACAGCAACUCUUCCUGCUGCAGGGACUGGCACUAGUGAACCAGCUUCAACAUGGCAGGAUGGAAUGAAGACUGAAGAUUAUGAGAAAAAAGAAGAUAAAGGUGAUGAGAAAAUCAUUAUGUCAUCAGUAAUGCCAGCUCCAACGGUAUAUGAAACUGUGUCUGCAGAACAUGAUAUUCAAAAAGAGUUGACCCCCAAGGUAACAGAUGAUGUUAGUUUUGGACCAGUUACCACUGCAGCGCGGGUUAACAUAACCUCAACAGUACCUAAAACGGUAUCAACAAUCAUGGCUCCUCUUUUUGAAAUUAGACCUGGUACGGGUGCUUUCACGUCUGAUCAUGAAAUAAAAACUUCAGUGAAACCUAAGCGUUUAGAAACGAGUGCAACUCCAAUUAUUAUUGAAAAUGAGCCUGGUGAGACUACAGCUGAAGAGGUUGUAGUUAUUGAUGAAUCAGUUACACAGCCUCCUGAUAUCUUGGAGGUUGAUAUGACUGGUAAAGUCUCACAACCUGAAAUCGAUCAUGAGUACUUCACAACACCAGCAUCCAGAACUAGACUGGUACCGGCAACUUCUAAACCUUCUGUUGAACAGAAAAUAGCUACGCAAAAGGUUGUGGAAGGUUCAACAUUUCCCACUGUUUCAUCAUCAACCAAAGCUUUUCCAAGUCCAGUAGAUACUACAGAGCAGCAACAGCAGCUCGUAACUAUUGAAGAAAAGUUAAUUGUUAAUAUGACAGUGCAGAAGAUAAUACCAACUGAUAAAGGACUUGAACCCAAAGAACUUGAAACUGGAAAAAUUAUUUCUACUGAAUCAAUUUCAUUACCACAUCAUCAAUCAACUAAAGACGUCUCACCUCAAGAGAGUUCCAAGAUCACUAUAGUACACAUUCACAUCCAUGAGUUGGAUGAUGAUAGGAAAGAAGGCAGUGGAAACUUGGUUCAACCACAAGCACCAAAAGCAGGUACAGAAGAGGAUGUGCCUCCAUCUCUCAGCUUUAUUAGUGGCAAGAGCCAAAUGGAAUUUGAUCCCGCAUGUGAGACACCGAAUGGGGAGGAAGCAAAGGGUGGCCAAGUGGAAAGUGUAUCACCCACUAUAAGAGCAAUACCAGAAAUGGAUAUUACACAAAAACACAAGGAUAGUGAGACUCAUUUAAUAACUGGAAUUACUGUAGCACAGAAACAAGAAAUCUCUACUGAGAGGAUGGAAAUAGUUUCUACUGGUAAAGAACCUGAAAUUCUAGGCAUUACAAAAGAAGUAACUAAAGUUCAUUCUGGGGCAGAAGAUGACAAAGACUGGAUCAUCUCUUCAGUCACACAGGAUUAUGCCCAUUCAACCAGAGGGACUCAGGAGAAAGAUGAUGAGCUUUCAGUAAUAGAUCCAUUGAAAGACAAAUAUCAUUUGGCUGUUACAACUGCAUCAAAGGAAACUGUUUCACGUACAGCUGAAGCAGAGGUCACAACAACAGUUACAAAAACAGAGCUCUUACCAACAGAAGGGUCAAAAAUCUCGGCAUCAGUAGAAACCAUUGUUCCAAUACAAACAGAAAAGAGAUUGGAGUCUACUGAGACUGAAGAUAGUGAAUCACUGAAAAUAUUCAGUACUGAAAAAGAGGUUAGGAGUUCGAGUGAAGAACAUGAAACUAUUAGUGGUCUAGUUUCUGAUGCUGUCAAAAAAGCAACAAUGGAAACAGUUAUUUUGAGGAAACCAGAAACAGGUUCUGAUGUUUCAGAGAAAAGACCAAAACUAGAAACUGCAACCCCAACUGAAAUGUAUGCAGGUACUUUGCCUAUAUCUACUCCAAAUACAGUAGCUGAGGAUAUCAGUAGUGAAAGAAUUAGCUCUGGGUUGGACGCUACGGUAACUGUAUCCAGUACCAUUGGAUUAUUUGGGACCGAGGGACGCCUGACUGAUGUUGUUGCACCUGGAACUGACAGAGAGGUUGGAGUGCUCACUCUGGCAACAAUGAAACCAACCACUAGGACGGAAAAACUGACAGACAAAAUACAUACUGAACUUGCUGAAAAACCAAGAAAAACAGAACCACAAUUCACUCCAUCUUCAGAGGUUAAGAGCCCUGGUGAAGGAACAUUAACCAGUAAAGAACCAGUCAGGUCAGUUCCAGAUCUUUCUACUUUAGAAAUGAGCAGCCAGGUACUUGCAGUGACGAGCAAAACCUUACUGGAUGGGGAAACACAUCUGACAGCCAUUACAGCUACACAUGAUGAAGAGGCUGGAAUAUCCACAUCUGAAUCACUGGAGACAAAAGCAUUUGCAAGAGUACAUACAGAGCGAGCAGACAAAUCUCCAGCAACAUCUCUGGUUGAUCAGGAAGAACAUGUUGAUAUAUUAGUUUCAGUCCCAACACAAGCAGGGAAAAUCACACCAGCAAUUGAAGAAAUGUCUCAAGAAACCACAACCAAAGCUACAAAAGUGAUGAAGGAAAUUAAACAACAGCCAGGAAAGGACAUGCAGCCUGUCGAUAAAUCUCCAGCAACUGAGGAAAUCACAACAACUGCUCAGGAUUUGCAGAAGUCAACACAGUUUGUGGAUAUGGAGAGUUCAGGUGAAGAAAUAUUUACCGUCAAAGAAACAGACAGGCAAGUUUCUGAUGUUUCCAUGUUGACCAGCCAUGUGGUUCCAGUGACAAGGAAAGUGCCUUUAGAAGGAGAAUCUCUUCACACUGUUAUGACAACUCCACAUGACAGAAUGGUGGAAACAUCUACAUAUGGAUUAUUGAAGACUAAAUCGGAAAUGGGACCAUUAUUGGUGACAGCGCCUACAGAACAGGAAGGCAGAUCUUCAGCUACAAUUAAGGCUGAAGAGAAGGUAACUGUUGAUACAUUGGAUUCAACAAUAAAAGCAAUAGAUCUUCGAUUUCCUCAAAUUACUGUGACACCAGGAAUUGAAGAAAAGACUCAGGAAUCCACAUCAGAAGCAAUAAAACUGAUCACAGAGAUCAAAGAGAUGCCAGGACCCAUCAUGGAAACUUCUGAACAAUCUCCAGGAUUUGAUGAAACCACAGGAACAGAGAAAGAUUCGCAGAAACAAAUUCCAUUCACAGAUAGUGAGAGUUCUGGUGAAGGAUUAUUUAUUACCAAAGAAACGGUCAAAUUUAUUCCAGAGCUUUCUACUGCAGAAACAACUACACAUGUAGCUCCAGUGACAGAGACAACCUCACUAGAGAUAGAAACUCUUCAUACAGCUGUUACAGCCAGAUAUGACAGAGAGGCUGGUCUGACUACAUCUGGGCUUUCAGAGACAAUGUCAGAAAUGGUAAAAUUGACGGUAAAAGUGGCCACAGAACAAGCAGACAAAUCUCCAGCAACACCUCUGGUUGAUGAGGAGAAAACUGCUGAUGCACUGGUUUCGGCCAUAACAAAAGAAUUGGAAAUGCCAGUUCCCCAUAUCAUUGUAACACCAGCAAUCAAAGUAACGUCUCAAGAAACCACAACCGAAGCUACAAAAGUGACGAAGGAAACUGAACACCAGCCAGAAAAGGACAUGGAGCCUGUAGAUAAAUUUCCAGCAACUGAGGAAAUCACAACAACCGCUCAGGAUCUGCAGAAAUUAACACAAUUUGUGGAUGUAGAGUUUUCAGGUGAAGAAAUAUUUACCAUCAAAGAAACAGACAGGCAAGUUUCUGAUGUUUCCAUGUUGACCAGCCAUGUGGUUCCAGUGACAAGGAAAACACCUUUAGAAGGAGAAUCUCUUCACACUGUUAUGACAACUUCACGUGAUAGAACAGCAGAAACAUCCACAUCUGGAUCACUGGAGACAAAAUUGGAAAUGGGAACAUUAUUAGUGACAGUGCCUACAGAACGGGCAGAUAAACCAAGUCCUUUCACAGAUAGCGAGAGUUCUGGUGAUGGCUUAUUUACCAUCAAAGAAACAGUCAAAAUUAUUCCAGAUCUUUCUACUGCAGAAACAAGC